AUGACGACGACGAAGACGACGAUUUGGCGGCCGAACGUGAGAGUGACCCUCGACGAGUAUGGCGAAGUCGAGGACACGGAGAGGGGGGGAGAGGAGUUGACGAAGCGGGGGACGAAGCGGAAGAGAGCCCCUCCCACGAAGGGGCCGUGCGAGCACGGAGUGAAGCAUCGGUCGCAAUGCAAGGUGUGCGGUGCUUGUCCGCACGGGAAGAGGCGCUCUCGGUGCAAGGAGUGCGGUGGGGGUGGAAUCUGCGAGCACAGUCGUGAGCGCCACCGGUGCAAGGAGUGCGGUGGUGCAUCAAUCUGCGAGCACGGUCGUAUACGCUCUCAGUGCAAGGAGUGCGGUGGGUCUCAAAUCUGCGAGCACGGUCGUGAGCGCCACCGGUGCAAGGAGUGCGGUGGUGCAUCAAUCUGCGAGCACGGUCGUAUACGCUCUCAGUGCAAGGAGUGCGGUGGGUCUCAAAUCUGCGAGCACGGUCGUGAGCGCUGUAGGUGCAAGGAGUGCGGCGGGUCUCAAAUCUGCGAGCACGGUCGUAUACGCUCUAAGUGCAAGGAGUGUGGUGGGGGCUCAAUCUGCGAGCACGGUCGUGAGCGCUCUCAGUGCAAGGAGUGCGGUGGGUCUCAAAUCUGCGAGCACGGUCGUGUACGCUCUCAGUGCAAGGAGUGCGGCGGGGGUGGAGUCUGCAAGCACGGUCGUAUACGCUCUCAGUGCAAGGAGUGCGGUGGGUCUCAAAUCUGUGAGCACGGUCGUCAGCGCUCUCUGUGCAAGGAGUGCGGUGGGUCUCAAAUCUGUGAGCACGGUCGUCGGCGCUACAGAUGUAAGGACUGUCAUCGCGGCACGUGA